UAGCGGGCAGUUCCGCGGGAAGGCGCAGGGCUCUUCCCCGAGGGACCAGAGGCCACUCGAGGGGCGCCCGGGCGCUCGUUUUCCGGAGAAGGGAAGCAAAGAAGCUGCCCAGGUGACUAAUACUGGGGGUGCCCUCUCUCAAGGAGGCUCCAAGCGUCCGGGAGCAUUUUUCCGGGGUCUCGUCCGCUUUGAACCAUCUCCAGACAUUGGAGGCAGUGGGGGCAGCGCCAGCUCUCUGUGGACCUGGCCCAGGAUCCUUUUCCCAAACCCGCUUCGGCGACUUUUGCGCAUCGGGAGCAGAACCCCGGCUGCGCGCGCAGGGUACGACUCAGGCGUGCCUCCCGGGCGCCUCGCGAAGCCCGCUCUCCCGGAGCUCCUGGGGGCUUGGAGAGAGACAACCCCAAGGCAAGAGUUUUGGGGGAGCUGGCGCAGAGCCAGGGGCUUGAAGGAGCAAGGCAUGUAUUUUCAGCUGCGCCUCAGAAGGGGAGAAUUCUCUGUCACCACCAGAAAGGCAACAGCCCUGAAAUGUGACGACAAUUGACUAGCUCGGCUGAAGACUGGGAGUCUCUGGAUUGUUAGCUUAGAAUAUGGUAAAAAGCCAGUGCUUUCCGUGGGGCAUUGAAGGGCCAACUGGUCCCCGUGACAGUGAAUUGGAGCAAGGGAGUCAGAAGACAGUUGUAGAGAGCAAGAGGGACCUUCCAAGGGGCUGAUUUGGACUGCCAAAGGCAGGCUCCUGCCACACAAUUGUUGCAGCCCUCUAAUGGAAUGCUGGUGAGGUCCUCCACCCAGGGGAACAAGUGGGGCUGUGCAAGGGGCUGCCUGUCCAGCGAGGACUCCUGCAGGUCUGACCAACCCCUAAUCCCUGCUUAGGAGAUUGAGGGCUGUCCGAGCCCCCUCUGCGCUCUCCCUCAGGAAGAUGAGGACUCUGAACACCUCUACCAUGGACGGCACCGGGAUGGUGGUGGAGAGGGACUUCUCCUUCCGCAUCCUUACAGCCUGUUUCCUGUCGCUGCUCAUCCUGUCCACACUUCUGGGGAACACGCUGGUCUGUGCUGCUGUCAUCAGGUUCCGACACCUGCGGUCCAAGGUGACCAACUUCUUUGUUAUCUCCUUGGCCGUGUCAGAUCUCUUGGUGGCUGUCUUGGUCAUGCCCUGGAAAGCGGUGGCUGAGAUCGCUGGCUUCUGGCCCUUUGGGUCCUUCUGUAACAUCUGGGUGGCCUUUGACAUCAUGUGCUCCACUGCGUCCAUCCUCAACCUCUGUGUGAUCAGCGUGGACAGGUAUUGGGCCAUCUCUAGCCCCUUCCGGUAUGAGAGGAAGAUGACCCCCAAGGCAGCCUUCAUUCUGAUCAGCGUGGCAUGGACUUUGUCUGUUCUCAUCUCCUUCAUUCCAGUGCAGCUCAGCUGGCACAAGGCGAAACCCACAAGCCCCUCUGAUGGGAAUGCCACUUCCCUGGGUAAGACCACCAACAACUGUGACUCCAGCUUGAGCAGGACAUAUGCUAUUUCAUCCUCCCUAAUAAGCUUUUAUAUUCCUGUGGCCAUCAUGAUUGUCACCUACACCAGGAUCUACAGGAUCGCCCAGAAACAAAUACGGCGCAUCUCGGCCUUGGAGAGGGCAGCAGUCCAUGCCAAGAACUGCCAGACCACUACAGGUAACGGAAACCCCGUGGAGUGUUCUCAACCGGAAAGCUCCUUUAAGAUGUCCUUCAAGAGAGAGACUAAAGUUCUGAAGACUCUGUCUGUGAUCAUGGGGGUGUUUGUGUGCUGCUGGCUCCCUUUCUUCAUCUUGAACUGCAUGGUGCCCUUCUGUGGGUCUGGGGAGACCAAGCCCUUCUGCAUCGAUUCCAUCACCUUUGACGUGUUUGUGUGGUUUGGGUGGGCUAAUUCCUCCUUGAACCCCAUCAUUUAUGCCUUUAAUGCUGAUUUUCGGAAGGCAUUUUCCACCCUCUUAGGAUGCUACAGACUUUGCCCGGCGACGAGUAAUGCCAUAGAGACGGUUAGCAUCAAUAACAAUGGGGCUGUGGUGUUUUCCAGCCAUCACGAGCCCCGAGGUUCCAUCUCCAAGGACUGCAAUCUGGUGUAUCUGAUCCCACAUGCCGUGGGCUCCUCUGAGGACCUGAAGAAGGCAGAGGCGGGGGGAAUAGCCGAGCCCUUGGAGAAGCUCUCCCCAGCCCUAUCUGUCAUUUUGGACUAUGACACUGAUGUCUCUCUAGAGAAGAUCCAGCCCAUCACACAAAAUGGACAGCACCCGACCUGAACUCCAAGAUGGAUCGUAGCAGACAUGCUCCUCCCAGAAGCUAGAGGAGACUUCUCUGGGGCUUGCUGUGAAGAAACUAAGGUGUGGUGAGAUUCAGAUGUCGGGCGAGCCCUCCUCUACUGCUUCCCCUCAAAACACAACUAACUACAUUGUAAUCUACAUUCCAGUGUGUUUUCUGUGUUGUUCAUAGCGAAUCAAGAGGGACACAAGUGAAGCGAAUGUUCAUAAGGGACGGGUCUUUGGCUCCAAAGUUAUUUUUAGAAGCUAAGCCUCAUCUUAGGACUUAAGAAAUAGGGCAAAGAAUCAACAAUGAACAGCUUCACUUAAAUAUUAAAUCUUUCCUGGAAGGAAGUGAGAAGGGUUGAGUUUGCUGUGUACAAACAGGUGCUAACACUGGUCCAAGCAAAGUUUUCAGAUUGUAAAGGUAGGUGCAUGCCUUCAUAAAUUAUUCCUAAAAAA